UCAUAUCCAUGCCCUAUAAGCUUCUGAUAGGCCAAUAAGCACUCGUAACUCCCCGUCACAUUGCACUCACCUUUUGCUCCCAAAGUCUCUAGUCGAGGAGCUGAUCAACUGAUUCCUAUCAGUGCACGGCUGAGAAGACGUAUAUAUCUGUCGGUAAUUGCAGCCGACUGCCCUGUGACGUGAAGAAGCCGAUACAUACAUAUAACACGAUGAGGGAUAGACUCCAUCCUCCACCUUCAUUUGCGCCGCACGACCCUCUCUUUACUUCUGACGACAAUAGCGAGGAGAACCAUCUCGUGAAUUCCACGCCUUCGUCCCUUUACCCACCUGAUCAAAGCACAAGCACCUCCCAGCUGGUGCUGGACCGUUAUCCAUCACAAGAAUCGAUUGCAUACCGUUCCCAGGCCAAUCUGAUGAGCAGCUACGAAAAGGAUGUCGAUUGGCGACAAAAAAGCAGACAGGAAAGUGGGAACUCUCAUCCAUCAGAGGCCGGCGCUGGUACCCAAACAGGGACUCAAAAGCCAUCUGUCCAUUACCACGAGGAUGUAAAUUCACCACCCGCUACUGGAAGUUACUUUAACGGCUUUCCUAAAUCAGACUCACGUCAAUCUUCAGAAGAUGAAGAUGAGGAAGAUGAAUUCGAUUGGAGCGGGGACGAGGAUCUCGACAAUGAGGAAGCUAAGUUCGAGAAGAAAAUGGGUGUAAAAAUCAAGCCACGUAGCUGGGGCAUUAUCAGACUGGUUACUCUACUCUUCUCCUCACUCAUUGGGUCCACUUUCCUGGCGGCGGUCCUGGCGACUCCCGCACUCCUUGUCCAUUUCUUCUGGUACAAGCCGCACCCAACGGACUACAGGCACUAUGUGGACAUCAAUAUCGAGGCAUGGCUCUUCUGGGCAGCAGCGAACGUCGUCAUUUCUUGGGCUCUCGCAAUGAUCAUUGACAUCGUACCUGCUAUCAUACGUGUGGUAAUUGCUGUCACAUGGGGUCACGUCUCAGAAAGCGUCAAAACGAAGCUCGAGUUGUAUGCCUCGAUCAAGGAUACUAUCAAACCUCUAUUCUAUGCCGCGAGCGCCUGGCUCAGCUGGACCAUCCUGUUCCAGAAUAUCUUCGCGCUGCACGACUCGUCCGGAGUCCAGAGUUAUGCUUCGUACACGGAUCGUGUUGCCCAAGUAAUUGAAUUCCUGUUCUUUUUUACACUAGUGAUAUGCAUUCAAAGGAUGCUCUCCCAUGCUGUUGCAUUCGCAUUCCACAGGACUGCGUAUAAGGAACGUCUGGACGAAGUCAGGAAAGCCCUUCAAGUGAUAGAAAAGCUUCGCAACUACAAGCCCAAAUCAUCAUCCCGUCACAAGUCCAACCACACCCCGAUGUUUGCGACCCUCUCUGGGCUUAUGCCAUUCAGCGAAAAGGAACAUUUCAAUCUCCUCAGCAGCAGGCUGCGCUCGGAGAGCUCCGUGCCAAGCGAAAAUGACGAUGCGGAUAUGGAGGAUGGGGCAGCAAAGGCGAAGAAGAGGAAGGGAAAGGGGAAACAUAGGCAGCGCAACACGGCCACCUUUAUAGCGUCAGAAGACCUCGAGUCCUAUGGUACCACGCCAGAACCAGUUGGUUCUGUUGCCACCACACCAGCUACUCACUCCCCGGUCGAUAAGCAUACGACUCACAAAUACCCACCUACCCCUGCUGGCCAGCGUUCUGUUUACCCGCAUAAUGAUGACCCAACUAUAGUCGUUCAAGCAGCGAAGGCAUUCAAGACUGCUGUACUGCAUGAUGCCCGUAAUAUCAAGGGCGCCGAUGAUGAGCUUGAAGCGCUGGUCUUCAGCGUGGGCUCAGCACACGAAGCAAAGCGUCUUGCCAGGGCGAUAUACAGGACUUUUAGAGAUCGCCGACGUACCUACCUCGUGCCCUCAGACUUCUACCCCGCAUUCGCUACGCGGGAUGAGGCCAAGGAAGCUUUCCGCGUUUUCGACAAGGACAACAACGGUGACAUAUCGCGGCCUGAGAUCAAGUCGGAGUUGCUUCGCGUGUACAAGGAACGUCGAUUUCUGUCGCGCAGCAUGCAUGAUGUUAGCGCUGCGCUCAAAACUCUCGAUCAAAUUUUGCUACUCUUCGCUCUCGUCAUCUUGUUUUUCAUCUCGUUGAGCAUUUUCGGUGUCAAUGUGACGCAGUCCUUGACGAGUGUAUAUUCCCUCGGUCUUGCAGUCAGCUUCAUCUUCAAGAACUCCGCGAGCAACGUAUUCGAUGCCAUCAUGUUCUUGUUUGUAACUCAUCCCUUUGACACUGGUGACCGAUGCUUCAUAGAUAAUGAGAACCUAGUUGUUAAGAAGAUGGGCUUGUUUGCGACGGUAUUUACUCGAUCAGACGGUACUGAAACAUAUUACUUCAACAGUCAGCUCUUCACGAAGUUCAUCACGAACGUCCGCCGCAGUGACAAAAUGGCGGAGUCUUGUACAAUCCAAGUUACUUGGCGCACGCCACAAGAAAAGCUGGACGCGCUUGAGCAAAGGCUGAACACAUGGCUUUCCACUGAGGAGAACAGGUGGUUCCAGCCGACUACAUCAGUCGUGUUGCAAAACAUCAGUUACCAACGCUAUCUGGAGUGUACUAUUGGCAUCUCACACAACUCAACGUGGCAAGACUGGAGCCUCCGGAAUGCGCGCAGGACCGCCUUCCACGCUGCAGUUCAACAUUACUGUCGGGAGCUAGGGAUUACAGCGUAUGAAGCACCCAUGCCCAUCGCAUAUGCAGACGCUGGCAUGCAACGAUACGAUAUUCCUCAAGAAGCAGUCGUCUCUGAUGUUCGUUCUCCUGACAGCCCACAUUCCCCGGAUGCGGCUACAAAGAGCUUCCUUGGUUUCACACCUCCGCGAGAUCAAAGCGUUCGUUUAGCACGACACUUGACCCGCAUGCGCAGAAGCAAGAGUCGCAAAGCAGCUGUGCGGGGGGUGGGCGCGGACGGGGGUGGAAAUGGCUGAGCUUUAAUCUUCCUAUAUCUCGACCAUGUAAAACGGUUUGUUCGGACACUUCUAAGUAAGAGUAUUUAGUACUUUGCAUCUUU